AAUUUGACAUCUUUAAAGCCAGGAAUAAUUCGUGUUGUGUAACUCCUAUUAUUCUACAAUCACAAAAAAAUGAAUAAACUAUUAAAUUACAAAUACUACGAUACGCCUGAGGGCCAAGACAUAUUCAUGAAGACAUUUGUAACCAGUAAAUAUGCUGCAGUAGCCGGUCUUGCUGGUGCUUCUUUUGAUGUGCUUAUGUUCUCUCAUCCAAAAGGUUUUGUCAAUACAAUCGGUCGAAUGGGCUAUAUUGUAGGCCCUCUAGUGGGUAUGGCAGUUGCCUUCACAUUCACUACCAACGUUGCCCAAAAUAUUCGUGGGAAAAACGAUAAACUCAAUUACUUCUUGGGUGGUGCCACAUCUGGCUUUGUGUUUAGUGCUUGGAUGAAAAAGGGGAUUAUCGCGGUGCCUGCCGCGGUGGUACUAGGCGCAAUAGCUGUGGUAAAGAAGACAGGCAUCGAUGAAGGCUGGAUCUUUUUCCCAGAUGCGGCACAAUCUACUAAAACAAUCAAAUCAGUUAAACAUGACUGGACUCUUCUCAAAGAUAUUGAAGAAUUAAAGGGAUGGACAGACGGUUCCAAGCAAUAGAAAAUCAUGUAGGAAAUGUAAAUAAACUUU